AUGAGCGCCUUGUCUGAAGAAGUUCCCUACACGCCAGCCAGUCUCGCCGACUUCAAGGGAUUGAUAGCCAAGGCUAAGGAGUUAGCUGGUUCCAAUUCCCAGGUCGGGGCUUACCGCUUCGAUUGCCGUCACUUGUCCGCAACCACCAGUAAUCCGUUCCCAGAGUCAUCUUACCGGGGUUUUGAUAAAGAUAAUCAUCAUGAGCUCGUAUAUAAAGCGAUGAAGGGGAAACAGAUAGAUCAUAACUUGGUCUACUUAGCCCAAGAUAGAGAGAAGCGAUGGCAGUAUCAGCAGCCAUCAACCGGCUCAAUGGACCUCAACGAAAACGCACGCGACUUAUUAGAGGCCGAGUUCAACCCCAUUCGUAGCGACCGUUGCUCGAAGAAUCGCCGACAUCAACUACGGCUCAGCUUUAUGGCCGGAGUCUCAGACCUUCCAGAGGACGAAGCAGUGAGAGGACACAUCCAAAACGGAAGCAUAGACCCUUCCGUCGGAGGCGUUCACGGGUGGAUCAGUAUAGACCGGUGCUUCUUCCAACCAACACAAGGAAUCAUGGAUCUAGGCUGGAUCAUUCUUCAAAUUGCUGGGUAUUCUGGUAUUUAUGUUGUCAUUCAACCACAAGAUACUGAACUCUUUGAAGACAAGUUUGAAGAAGCAUCCAGAGCAGAAAGAUGCUGUACCCAAUGGGUGAUGCAUCAAAGAGCUGUUCCUUCUUUAAAAUUCUUGGACGAGCACCAUAUCCAUUACUCCCUAUGUCGGCUCAAAGUUGGAGACGCUUUAGUUGUUCUGCCUGGGGUGUAUCAGUUUGGACUUGACCCUGAAGGCGGCUACUCUCAAUAUAUUGCCUUUGCUCCUCCCGGGUGGGAUCCAGAAACGAUCAACUUCAGCAACUGUGAAGAGGAUUUGAAGCCAGAUUCGCCCGAAAAUAGUCCCAUUGGUACAGAUUCGCGGUCAUCAGAUAUGGCGAACGAAGGCCAUGUGACUGGUAACGAGAUUCUCGACAACAGUUCCGACGAAAUUGCAGAUCUCACACCUGCCAUUGAUGGAAUUUCGACACAUGUGGCUACAGACGGUCUUCGAGAUGAUCCAGAGGGUAACCAUGAAGAUCAUCCGGAUCCAAAUCCCAUAAUGGAUGAUUUCAAUCGGCACAAUGUUUGGAAGGAAACAAUCGUAAAAUGUUACAAAUUAUAUGGCGAUGAUUCCCAGAAAGCCUGGGCAGAGGUAAUGGAAUAUGCGUGGGAUCAAAUGAAUAAGCAGAGCAUCGUAUCCUAG